GCUUGAUGAAUGUGUUCUAAAGCCCAUGUAUGCUAAACGGGGAGCAGUGCUCUGGUUUCUCCAGUGGGACCAAUGCAACCAAUGCAACCAUAUGAGUGAUGACAGGCUGAGGCUCCACUGGGGGGAAAGGAAAGAGACCAAGACCCAAGAGAUAGCCUCAGUGGUCCCUAACUCUCUAACGGUAAGGGUAGCAGAGGAGACAUACACGAGGCAGUGUGUUCAGAAGAACCAAGGGCAUUUGGGCUGCGUUACCCCUUUAGCCCUCUAGUGGGCGACCUCCUCUCUCAUAUCAGGCCUGGAGGGACAUGGCCAUCUAAAAGACUCCUCUCUCUACCACCUUCCACCACUCCCUCUAUCAUUCUCUCUUUUCAACAACGUAACGCUAAUCAACCCUCGUUGCCAUGGAGAAGACAUACUCCCUCACGGCCCACUACGAUGAGUUCCAGGAGGUCAAGUAUGGUGGUCGCUAUAGCAGUGGCACCCUUAGCAACGGCAUGAGCCUGCACUUGGGUGGGAGCCUGGACCGUAAUGUUGGGCGGGGCCGAGGCAAAGGGGGUGGGGCUAGUGAUCGGAGUCGGGACCUGAGUGGCAUCAACAGCGGACAGGGACUUCCUCGAUGGAGCCGCAGGGAGAUCUGCCUGCUCUCUGCUCUGGUGUUCGCUGCGGGGAUGUGUGUCAUCCUGGGCAGCAUGCUGGCACUCAAAUACAUCUCCCUGGACUUCCAGCAGGAGGCGCACUGCAGACAGGACUGCCAGAAGAAACGCUCGUUAGUCCGAGCUGCACGCUUCGUCCAGGCCAACAUCGACCCCACCAUCCAGCCCUGCCAGGACUUCUACAGCUUUGCCUGCGGCGGCUGGCUACGACGCCAUGGCAUCCCAGAGGACAAGCUGAGCUACGGCAUCAUCACCGCCAUCGGAGAGCACAACGAGGAGAAGCUACGACGCCUCCUGCUGGAGCCCUGCGCCGGCACAACCGUGGACUCGGCUGAACGCAAGGUGAAAGAGUUCUACCGCUCCUGUGUGAACAUCCAGGAGAUUGACAAGCUGGGGUCGGGGCCCAUGACAGAGGUGAUUGACAGCUGUGGCGGGUGGGACCUGGUUGGAGUGCCCUCUGGUGGUGCGGGGUGGGAGAGCAGUACUGCACCAGCCAGACCAGACUUUGAUGAGCUGCUCUAUAGGACCCAGGGGGUGUACAGCACAGCUGUUUUCUUCUCUCUCACUGUCAACGUAGACGAUAAGAACUCCUCACGCAACGCUAUCAGGAUUGAUCAGGAGGGGCUCACACUGCCUGAGAGGACUCUGUACCUGGGGCAGGAUGAGGACAGUGUGAAGAUCCUGGCAGCUUACAAGGCCCUGAUGGAGCGUCUGCUAAGCAUGCUGGGAGCUCACAAUGCCACUCAGAAGUCCAAAGAGAUCCUACAGCUGGAAACACGCCUGGCCAGCAUCACUGUGUCUGAGUAUGAUGAACAGAGAAAGGACAUCAGCAUUAUGUACAACCGCAUCACCCUGAGAAAACUACAGCACAUCGCUCCCAGUCUGCACUGGAAACGUUUGUUGGACAGAAUCUUCCAUGAUAACUUCUCUGAGGAUGAAGAGAUUGUGGUGUUGGCUACUGACUACAUGGAGAAAGUCUCAGAGAUCAUCAAUACCACCUCCAAAAGGGUUCUCCAUAACUACAUGCUGUGGCGGAUUGUAGCAGCUCUCAGUGAACACCUGUCCACGGCGUUCCGAAGCACCAUCCAUGAGUUUUCCCGGGAGAUUGAUGGUACGGAGCGUCAGCUGGAGCUGGGGAUGCUGUGUCUCACCCAGGCUAACAAACACUUUGGCAUGGCCCUGGGAGCACUCUUCGUCAAGCAACACUUCUCCUCUCACAGCAGGGCCAAGGUACAGGAGCUGGUAGAGGACAUAAAGCACUCACUGGACCUCCGGCUGCAAGAGCUGGACUGGAUGGAUGAGGUGACCAAGGAGGCAGCCAGGGCCAAGCUGCAGCAUAUGAUGGUGAUGACAGGCUAUCCAGACUUCCUCCUCAAACCAGAGCUCAUAGACCAGGAGUACGGGUUUGAUGUGGAUGAAAAUACCUAUUUCAAAAACAUCCUCAACAGCAUCAAGUUCAACAUCAAGAUGUCUGUCAAGAAGAUCCACAAGCAGGUGGACAAGACUGCGUGGCUCCUUCCCCCUCAGGCCCUCAAUGCCUACUAUCUCCCAAACAAGAAUCAAAUGGUAUUUCCCGCUGGAAUCCUUCAGCCCACGCUGUACGACCCCGAGUUUCCACAAUCUCUGAACUAUGGAGGAAUAGGAGCCAUCAUUGGUCAUGAGCUGACACAUGGAUAUGAUGACUGGGGGGGCCAGUAUGAUCGCUAUGGCAACCUGAAGCAGUGGUGGACGGAGGAUUCAUACAAGAAGUUUCAGAAGAAAGCAGAGUGCAUCGUCAAACUCUACGACAACUUCACGGUCUACAACCAGCGGGUGAAUGGCCGUCUGACUCUGGGGGAGAAUAUAGCAGAUAUGGGAGGCCUUAAACUGUCUUACUUUGCAUAUCAGAAGUGGAUCAGAGAACAUGGUCCAGAAAGACCUCUCCCUGGACUCAAAUACACACAUGAACAACUACUCUUCAUCGCCUUCGCACAGAACUGGUGUAUGAAGAGACGGUCUCAGUCCAUAUACCUGCAGCUACUGACUGACAAGCACGCACCAGAACAUUACAGGGUGAUUGGCAGUGUGUCCCAGUUUGAUGAGUUUGCCCGAGUGUUCCACUGUCCAAAGGGUUCCCCCAUGCACCCUGUCGACAAAUGUUCUGUAUGGUGACCCCUCAACAAUGACCUCUGAACUUCACCACCCACCAACAACUAGAACUUACCUGUGACCUGAACUAAACUCUUCUAACCAACCUAUCAGACAUUAUGUUCAGUUUCACUUUUACUUCCAUCUCAAUCCUGGGACUACCUUUUCCUAUUAUCACAGAAUUUGCAAGCAAAUAAUGUCAUCACCACCAGGCAAAACCAUGAUCACUUCACUGUCUACUCAUGUAGACAUCCAGUGCUUGACUUGGGCAGGAGCUCCCCAGAGCAGAGUACCGGCACCUCAAAUUUUCUACUGCUUGAGCUCCUGAUUCUCUUAUAGAAUAUUAGCUCAAAGUAUUGUGGAGCUCUUACACCAACAUGAGUACCUGCACCUAUUUGAGUACCUGUACCUAUUUAAAAGUCAGCACUCAUUUAAGCAUAUAAUUUAAUUAUAUAUUUGUAGAUAUACAUCUAUUUUUUACAACAGAUGUACUGUAUCAUGGGUUUACCUUUUUGGUUUUGAGUUGUGUGAUGUCAAUUCAUUAUAAUUAUUUGAAUCACUUUUGACAGUAGUCAAGUGUUAUUAAAUCCAAUUUAAUGCAACAGGUUCAGAGUUGGUGUUAUCAAGAACUUUGUGUAGAAGGGAUUGGGAAUGGGGAUUGUACUGCCUGAAUGACAGUGGCCAGUAUGGACUGUACUCACUGGGAUCAGUGUGUUGUCAAUGUUUUUGUGAGUCUUUUCCAUGAGGUAAAUAGUGGACACCGUGCUGUCAUGCUGCCCUCAAGUGGCUGAACAAAGAAGUGGUCUCCACUGUGGAGUCCUUGUUCGUCUUGACUGUUGUUUCUUGUCUGGCCUUGGCCUUGUGGACAUCAUUGGAAUGGUGUUACUGUGAGUAUGUGUGUGUUUGUACGGUUUUGAAGGUCCCUUUUCUAAUGAGAAUGGAAUCCAUAGUGACCUUUUGCUCAGGAUUUGUUGCUAAGUGUGUGUCCAGAGGCCAAAGUGCCAAAGAAUAGUGAUGGAACAUCAUGGAUUAGUCCGACUAAACCCUUAACCCCUCUACUCCUACCUUAGUGUACAUCAUGGUGAACUAUGCUUCUCGAUGCACCGGAUACUCCAAACUCCUCACAACCCCAUGUCUCACUGUCACACCCUAGAGUAUAGAUUCUUUAUCAAGAAGACUGUGUUUCUAAGAUGGAAACAUGGUCCUGUUGAACAACUUCAUCUAUCCUAUUGGACAACUUCAACUGAGAGUCAUUUCGAUUUGACAUUAUUGACUCGGAGCCCUUCCUAUUGGAUUAUGUUAACUCCGGGGCCUUCCUUGAUACAGCACAUACUCUCGCUGAUGAACUCUGAUGAAUGCCCCUGGCCUGGUCUGCAUAGCCAAGAAGCUUUCAAAGGAAGGAUCAAUAUGACUGAUAUUCCACGGUCAUAACAAAUCAUCUACAUGCUGUACACACAAACUGUGACUCCAGUCAAGUCAGAGAAAAAAAAGAAAACACAUUUGUACAGUGAUAUAAAAAAUAUAUUAUAAUUUUGUAUAAAGAAUCUAAAAUUAAGAACAAUCUAUGUAUAAGUUAUAAUUGUACAGUUCUUUUUCUGAAAACAGCAUGUUCAAAACCAGCUUUACAGUUAAGACUGAGAUAAAAAGAUGACAUCACACACAGUUCUCAGCAUUCAGCUGCCAUGUCAUAUAUGUGGCUGCUAUCUCAUAUAUGUGGCUGCUAUCUCAUAUAUGUGGCUGCUAUCUCAUAUAUGUGGCUGUUAUCUCAUAUAUGUGGCUGUUAUCUCAUAUAUGUGGCUGUUAUCUCAUAUAUGUGGCUGUUAUCUCAUAUAUGUGGCUGCUGUCUCAUAUAUGUGGCUGCUCGUGCUCGCUCAUAUUUCUUGGUGUUAAAUGUUUUAAAUAAAUAAAUGGGAUCACUGUGAGGGGCUGGUUUCUCCAUGUAACUUGGUCCAGUAGUUGUGUGUGUGUGUUAGUUGUGUGUAUGUAUGCACUAUACAGAAUGCACAUCUUGUUGUGUGUGUAAGUGUGUUAGCGCAUAUGUCCCACCAGGUUUGUAUCCACUUGCGAUGCAAGCCAGCUUGCUCUUGGUCUCCCAGCAUUGCAUGGUGGAUCUCCAUCUCUCCCACUCCGGUGGUUCUGGAGGCCUGCUAUCACACAGAGUCUGGAACAUGACAAGAAUAAAAUAGAGAACUUAUGUGUCUACGUCCGGAACCGCUCUCAUCCUGUUCAGAUACACAUCCCCAUAGCCACUGGGUAACUGUCUGUAAGACAACACCGCUCUCAUCUUGUUCAGAUACACAUCCCCAUAGCCACUGGGUAACUGUCUGUAAGACAACACCGCUCUCAUCCCCUGUUCAGAUACACAUCCCCAUAGCCGCUGGGUAACUGUCUGUAAGACAACACCACUCUCAUCCCCUGUUCAGAUACACAUCCCCAUAGCUACUGGGUAACUGUCUGUAAGACAACACCACUCUCAUCCCCUGUUCAGAUACACAUCCCCAUAGCCACUGGGUAACUGUCUGUAAGACAACACCGCUCUCAUCCUGUUCAGAUACACAUCCCCAUAGCCACUGGGUAACUGUCUGUAAGACAACACCGCUCUCAUCCCCUGUUCAGAUACCCAGCGGCUAUGGGGAUGUGUAACUGUCUGUAAGACAACACCGCUCUCAUCCUGUUCAGAUACACAUCCCCAUAGCCACUGGGUAACUGUCUGUAAGACAACACCGCUCUCAUCCUGUUCAGAUACACAUCCCCAUAGCCACUGGGUAACUGUCUGUAAGACAACACCGCUCUCAUCCCCUGUUCAGAUACACAUCCCCAUAGCCGCUGGGUAACUGUCUGUAAGACAACACCGCUCUCAUCCUGUUCAGAUACACAUCCCCAUAGCCACUGGGUAGCUGUCUGUAAGACAACACCACUCUCAUCCCCUGUUCAGAUACACAUCCCCAUAGCCACUGGGUAACUGUCUGUAAGACAACACCACGCUCAUCCCCUGUUCAGAUACCCAGUGGCUAUGGGGAUGUGUAUCUGAACAGGGGAUGAGAGUGGUGAUGUCUUACAGACAGUUACCCAGUGGCUAUGGGGAUGUGUAACUGUCUAUAAGACAACACCGCUCUCAUCCUGUUCAGAUACACAUCCCCAUAGCCACUGGGUAACUGUCUAUAAGACAACACCGCUCUCAUCCUGUUCAGAUACACAUCCCCAUAGCCACUGGGUAACUGUCUGUAAGACAACACCACUCUCAUCCCCUGUUCAGAUACACAUCCCCAUAGCCGCUGGGUAACUGUCUGUAAGACAACACCACUCUCAUCCUGUUCAGAUACACAUCCCCAUAGCCACUGGGUAACUGUCUGUAAGACAACACCGCUCUCAUCCCCUGUUCAGAUACCCAGCGGCUAUGGGGAUGUGUAACUGUCUGUAAGACAACACCGCUCUCAUCCUGUUCAGAUACACAUCCCCAUAGCCACUGGGUAACUGUCUGUAAGACAACACCGCUCUCAUCCUGUUCAGAUACACAUCCCCAUAGCCACUGGGUAACUGUCUGUAAGACAACACCGCUCUCAUCCCCUGUUCAGAUACACAUCCCCAUAGCCGCUGGGUAACUGUCUGUAAGACAACACCGCUCUCAUCCUGUUCAGAUACACAUCCCCAUAGCCACUGGGUAGCUGUCUGUAAGACAACACCACUCUCAUCCCCUGUUCAGAUACACAUCCCCAUAGCCACUGGGUAACUGUCUGUAAGACAACACCACGCUCAUCCCCUGUUCAGAUACCCAGUGGCUAUGGGGAUGUGUAUCUGAACAGAGGAUGAGAGUGGUGAUGUCUUACAGACAGUUACCCAGUGGCUAUGGGGAUGUGUAACUGUCUAUAAGACAAAACCGCUCUCAUCCCCUGUUCAGAUACACAUCCCCAUAGCCGCUGGGUAACUGUCUGUAAGACAACACCACUCUCAUCCUGUUCAGAUACACAUCCCCAUAGCCACUGGGUAACUGUCUGUAAGACAACACCACUCUCUUUGACAAGACACAGAAUAACCCCAUUGAGACAAACACCUCAGGCAAUUUUCAUAAAGUGUCUGACAAAGUUAUUUGGUUCACAUAACUGUGCUUAACAUUCCCACCAAGAGGUUUCAAUAAGGUGUGUGCUUAUAAAAAUGCUCAGGGCAAAGUCGUGACCGUAUUUCAAAAAUAUAAAAUUGGAUCGUUCCAGCCUUGAUGAUGUUUUUCCAGCUACAGUUCUGCACGUCUUUGUUAACUUUGGUGGAGGACUUUAAAUCGCCAUUACAAAGAGAUUUUUGUACAGCAAAUUUACUCAAUACCUCCUUUUUAUUCGAAAUAUCCUUCCCUGAAAAAUGUGAAUAGUCUGUGCCUGCAACAGAGAAAAUUCUCAGGUCUUUAAACCCCCUCUAGAGAACCAAACAUUUACCCGAUAGUGCUUUUAGAUCUAAGAGGCUUUCUCAGAGGGUGUGAGGACUUAAAUAUUUGAUAAGUUAAUGAAUAGCUGUAAUUCCUACUCCUACGGAUUGGACAAUUCUCUGAAUUUCACAGGCAGUUAAGACAUACUAGUCACUCAGUGAUUUUAGCAUUUCCUAGCACUCUAGAGUCUAUCUUUCAUUGAGUUUAAUGAAGUCACUUUGGGAGAACUGUGGUAAAGAAGUACCACUGAAACGCCAAACAAAGAAUGCAUUAAAAGCUGAGAGGACUGCAGACUCAUGGCAUUAGAAGUGAGAGUUGAUAAAGGGAUACGAGAGGAAAGCACCUUUCUGUUCUAUUUGCAUGAUGAACUGUGUGCACUCACUUUUUUGUUGUUGACUAUUUGUGUUUGACAUUUUACUUCAUUGUUAGGAGCUAGUAACAUAAGCAUUUCACUGCAUCCCCUAUAACAUCUGCUAAAGUGUGUACGUGACCAACAAACUUUGACUUGAUAUAUUAGACAGUGUUGUAGAUACUUCUAUUUUCUGAGAGUUGCCCAGAGUGGCUCUGUUAUCCAGGUGUUGCUUGAGCUGUGUCUUCUGAUCUCUGAGACGGGCUUUCCGAUUGGACACCACUUUCUCCAACUCCGACAUCUUCUCCCGCAGCUCCCGAUUUGCCCUGGAGACGUCAGCUGACCUAGAUGACAAGUCCUCAAGAGCUUUUCUCAACUGAAGAGAAAGAGAGAGACACAUAAAUAGAAGGGAAAGACAGAAAUAAAGAGUGAUGAGAAAAGAGGCCAGAUGAUACUUCAGAGUUCUGACUGAUGAUGGAGUGUGAGAGAGAGUGCAGUACCUCUGAGAUUUCUCUCUGUGACAACCUCUUCACAGAGUCCCUCUCUUUCCUUAUCUGAAGCUUUAUAGAUUCCAGAUGCUCUGAUCAUCGACCAAUAUCUGUUCUGGCCUCAGCCAGCUCCGUCUCUCUGAUAGACAUGCAGAAUUUAGACAUAAAUGUCAUAUUCAUGCUAAGUAACCAUGUACGCUUUCACAAAAUUAAACCACACUAAAAUAAACCCCCACUAUCCACAUUAGUCCUAGUUAGUUACCUCUGUGUGAUGGUGUUCUGGGAUCUCUGGCUUGGUCUAGGUUGGCCUGCAGAGGGCCGUUGGCCAACACAACCUGCUCCAAACUCUGGGCUAGUUUCUUGUUGUCCAGCCUUGCCACAUCCAGGUUCUUAUGCAAGGGUUCCAGCUAGAGAAUCAAAUGUAUCUUUGUAAACUAAUAUGACUAUUAAAAGCUAAGAGCUGUUUG